AUGUCUACUGGUAUUGGUAUGAGUGAUUGUUGCCUGUCGGGCAGAAUUCAAAGUGGAGAGCCAAAAGGCUCAGUUGAGAUUAUCGACAACUUGAAAACGUAUAUUGCAGCUCCGAAAGAUGGCUCAAAAGCUAAGACUAUUGUGUUUCUUGUGGACAUUUUUGGAUGGGAGUUCAAGAACGUUCGUCUCCUUGCGGAUAAUUACGCGAAAGCUGGGUUUUAUUGCUAUGUUCCAGAUAUCCACCAGGGGGAUUCCCUUCCGCUUGAAUUCCUGAACUCUGUCGAGCCUCCUCUCAAGGUGCGCGAGCAUCUAUCGGUCAUUGACAAGACCAAGGCCACUGCUACCGUUGGAACUACCCUUCCGCCAUGGCUGCUGAAGCACCGCGAGGGAGUGACAAAGCCUUUGAUCGAGUCGUUCAUCAACACGGUUCGUCAAAUUCGAGGGACGGGAAAGGUUGGAGCAAUUGGAUUCUGCUGGGGCGGUCGUUAUGCAGUUAUUGCAGCUCACAGUGUUGUCGAUGCUGCCUAUGCUUGCCACCCAUCACUUGUGGCCGUACCGGGUGACUUCGAUGCGGUUUCAAAGCCUCUUUCACUGGCGGUAGGCGAUUCGGAUUCCCUCCUCAACAAUAGCACCGUCGGACAAAUCCAAGAUGUCAUGGCGAAGAAGACCGAUAUUCCCCACGAACUGAGGAUCUACGAAUAUCAAGUUCACGGAUUUGCGCUCAGAGGUGAUUGGUCUUCAGAGAAGGAUAAGAAGGCUAUGGAUGAUGCUGAGAAACAGGGAGUAGAUUGGUUCAACAUGUACCUGGCCUAG